AUGGCGACAGACGAAGCUGUGACCAUGGUCACCAAGACUGAUGCCGUGUCUGUUACGGACAUCCAGCGCAAGAGCAUCGUUCACGAGACCCUACACGAGGUUUCCAAGAAGCGCCAGAGCUUGUCUAAUCUGUUCACUAUCUUCGCCAGUGGCUUUGCUCUAAUCAGCGAUGGAUACCAGAACAACUUGAUGACCAUGACCAAUGUACUUCUCAAGGCAGAGUAUCCCAAGCAAUACACCUCCGCUGUCAGUACGCGUGUGUCGAAUGCGCUGCUGAUUGGCGAAAUCAUCGGCCAGAUCGUUGUCGGCCUGACCUGUGACUACCUGGGCCGAAAAAUAGCCAUUGUCUUCACAACCGUCAUGAUCGUCGUUGGUGGCAUCCUCGCAACUGCAUCCCAUGGAGUGACUAUUGAUGGUAUGUUCUGGGUGAUGACUGUGGCACGAGGCAUCGUGGGAUUCGGUGCCGGGGGGGAGUAUCCUGCAUCCUCAACAUCUGCCUCUGAAGCCGCCAACGACUUGAUCCCAAAGCAUCGCGGUCCAGCCUUCAUCAUGGUGACCAACUUCCCACUCUCUUUCGGAGGCCCAUUCGCGGUAUCAAUCUUCCUGAUCGUCCUCAUGGCCUGUAACCAAACACACUACAGCACAGUAUGGCGCGUUUGUUUCGGCAUCGGUUGUGUCUGGCCACUGUCCGUGUUCUACUUCCGAAUCCGCAUGCUCAAUUCCGUACUCUACCGUCGCGGCGCAAUCAAGAAACAAGUCCCUUACAAGCUAGUUCUGAGAUACUACUGGAAACCAUUGAUCGGCACCUGCGGUGCAUGGUUCCUUUAUGACUUCGUCACCUUCCCUAACGGCGUUUUCUCAGCAACGAUCAUCUCCUCCGUCGUCCAUAAUGGCACACUUCGUCAAACAGCCGAAUGGCAACUCCUUCUCGGCGCAAUCGCCCUCCCUGGUGUAUUCCUCGGAGCCCUCCUAUGUGACCGUGUUGGCCGAAAAAAUAUCAUGAUGAUCGGCUUCAGCGGCUAUCUCGUCUUCGGUCUAACGAUCGGCUGCGCCUACAGUCACAUUACCAAAAUUGUCCCCCUCUUCGUCGUCUUCUAUGGUCUGAUGCAAAGUUCUGGCAACUUCGGCCCAGGCAACAUGCUCGGUCUGCUUUCCUCGGAGUCAUACGCCACUGGUGUCCGGGGCACUUGCUAUGGUCUUUCGGCGGCGAUUGGGAAGGCGGGCGCGGCAAUUGGGACUCAGGCUUUUACGCCUAUUAAAUUGAAUUUGGGGAAUCAAUGGACUUUUAUCAUUGCUGCUAUCUGUGGCGUCGUGGGAAUUCUGGUUACGUGGUUCUUUGUACCGGAUCUGAGUGGGGACGAUCUACGGAUGAGGGAUGAGCGCUUUAGGGCUUAUCUUGUUGCUAAUGGGUGGGAUGGGGUGAUGGGCGAGGAUGAUUUGAAGGCUGAUGCGGAUGAUGGGAUUGCGUCGCCGGUUAUCGCGGCUAAUGGGACCAAGGACUAG